AUGAAUAAAAAUGAAAUAUUAUUUUGGAAAAUAUGGAGAAAUAAAGUAAUUAGAGGGUAUUUAUUAAAAUUUUGUUUUGAUUGUAAAUAUAAUAAAUUUAAAUAUAAUCAAGUUAUAUCAGUUGAAUGGUUAAUUGAUAAUGGUUAUAUAAAUAUUUUAAAAGAAAAAGUUAAAAGGAAUGAAUAUUUAGUAUUUGGAAAUACAUAUAUACAAAGUAAUAAUAAUGGUAUUGGUGGAUAUUAUGAUUAUAAUUCUUCAUCUUCCUCCUCCUCCUCAUCCUCCUCAUCAACAACACCAACUACAACAACAUUAACAAAUGAUGAAGAAGCAUUUAUAAAAAAAGUAAAAAGAAAACUUUAUCUCUCAAUUAGUGAUGAUAUUCAUUUUUAUACAUCACUUUUUAAAAAUUAUCCAAUCUAUUAUAGUGUUGCAUUAUUAUCAUCAACGACUACAGAAAGUAAUAAAAAAUUAAAGAAACAAUUAAUCAAUACAAUGAUUGAAACUCGUUGUUUAGCAGGUUUAAUAGUAUUAUUAAAAGAAUAUAAAUUUCAAAUAACUGAAAAACAAUUAAUAAAAUCGAUUCAAUCCCAAUCAUUUUUAAUUUCAAAAUUUAUUUUUAAAAAUUAUUUUGAAAUUAUUACUAUAAAUGAUAAUAAUAAUAAUAAUAAUAAUAAUAAUAAUAAUAAUAAUAAUAAUAAUAAUAAUAAUAAUAAUAAUAAUAAUAAUAUUAAUAAUAAUAAUAAUUUAGAAAAUUCAAAUAAAAUUUUAAUUUUAAAACCAAAUAAAAUAUGGAAAAAAGUAAUUAGUAAAGAUUAUGAUAAUAGUAUUAAUGGUGGUAUUGAUUGUAUUAAUUCAAAAGAAUUUACAAGAAAAGUAUUAUUUUUAAUAAAAACUAUGAAAUUAAAAAUACCAAAUGAAUUUCAAUCUAUUCAAACUGGUUAUAGUAUAAAUGAAUCAAUAUGGGAUUAUAAAUUAUUAGAUUUAAUUAAUUCAUGUGAAUUAAUUAAUUAUUUAGAGAAACCAUUAAAAUCAUUUAUAAAAAAUAUUUCACAAUAUAAUGAACGUUCAAUUAAAUAUAUUCAAACAAAUUUUUCAAAACAAAUGAUUCAAUCAUUCUUAAAAGAACCAAUUAAAUUAAUUUCAAAUGAAAAAAUUAAUCAAAUUAAAUCAUUAUUUAAUGAAAAUCAAUUAAAUUUAAAUUUAAAUGAUUUAUUAAAUAAUAUUAAUAAUACCAAUAAUAAUAAUACCAACAAUAAUAUCAAUUUAUUUGAAGAAAUUAAACAAUUAUUUCAAAUGAUAUUACCAUUUAUGUGUAUUAAUUUUGUUUAUUUUGAAAAUUAUAUUUAUUAUUGUAUAAAGUUUACAAAUAAAUUAACAGAAUUUAAUCAAUUUAGAAAUUUACAUGAAUCACAAUUAAUUAUUAAACAUCAAAUCAAUGAAAAACAAAAAAUUAAUAAAUACUUAUACUCACUAAAAGAUUCAUUCUUACAAUGUACUGACCAAUCAAGGAAAUUAGAAAUUAAUAAUAUUAUAUUAAAAUUAUUCUUUCAAUUUAUUGAAUUAAAUGAAUUGGAUUCUUUAAAAUUCUUAUUUCCAUUAUUAAUAAAUUCAAAUAAUUAUUUUUCAAAUACUAAUAAUAAUAAUAUUAAUUAUAAUAAUAAUAAUAAUAAUAAUAAUAAUAAUGAAUUACCAAAAUUAUUAGAUAAAGUAAUAUCAAAAGAAGUUUUUCAAUUUUUAUAUUCCCAAAUGAAAGGUAUUAUAAAGAAUGAAUUAAAUUUAAGAUCAUUAUUAGAGAAGAAUUCAAUUAUUAUUAAAUAUUUUAAAGAACUUUAUCCAAUUGAUUAUAAAAUUAAAUUUCAAAAAGAAUAUAUUGAUUUCCAAUUAGAUGCAUUCACAUUAUUAUCAAAUUCAUCAUUAUAUAAAAGUUCAAAAUCAAAAUUUAAAAAUAAUAAUUAUAAUUUUAAUGUUUAUGGUAAUAAUAAUAAUAUAAAUAAUAAUAAUAAAAAUAAUAAUAAUAAUAAUAUUGAAGAAACUAUUGAAUUUAUUUUUGAUAAUAUUUUAGAAUUUAAAGAAAGGUAUCCAAAAUUAGUUAAUGAAUUAAUACCAAUUUGGUUUGAUAAUCCAAAUGAAAAGUUAUCAUAUAAACAAUUUAAAAUUUUAUUUAAAAUUUCAAGAGAUUUAGAUAGUCAUCAUUUUCAAGCUCAUCAUCCACUAUAUAUUGAAAAUACAGUUAAUGAGAGAGUUAUCUUAUAUAAAUAUUAUACAAGUACAAGUUUACAAUCUUUGGAAUUUAAAUUAUUUGGUAAUAAUUAUGACUAUGAUGAUGAUGACGUUGGUAGUAGUUGUUGUGGUGGUACUGUUGAUGAUGAUGAUGAUAAUAAAAAUAAUUUAGAUUUGUUUUAUUUAGAUUCAAGAUUAUUAUUAUCAGUAAUUGCAAGACAUGCAGAUUUAGAAACUAUAUCAAUGAUUUUAUCAAAAUUUUAUCCAAAGGAAAUUUUAACAAUAGAGAAUGAUAGUAAUAGUGGUGGUGGUAUAAAUAGGUUGAAAACUCAUGAUUUUGAUGUUCUUUUCUUAUAUGCAUCAUUAUUUGGUCAAUUACAAGUUUUUAAGUUUAUUCAAAAGAAUUAUCCAUUUUUAUUUUUAAAUGAUACUUCAAAUACUUUUAAUUAUUGUUUACAUUUAGCAAAAAAGAAUCAACAUUUAGAAAUCAUUGAUUUCAUUACUAGAUUAAAUAAAAAUCAAUUAUUCAAUUAA